AUCACUGCAAGGCAGAACUUAGCCUGGGUAGAAAGCCUGUCAUAGACCUGAGUGUUUUUCCUCUCCAGUUUUGGAGUGGCGUGAAGGGCUGCCCUAUAUGUGUGAGUUCUUCAGGUGGGGAUUGAUACUGAAAAGUAAAACUGGCCUUACAUCACGUUGGGUUUACCAAACUGUUCUGCUAAUGUUUUGUUGAACUUUGCCACCUGAAAAAGCAUUCAGGAGGCAGUGAGAGUGCUGUGUUUGUUUAGCUCCAGGCACAGUUCUACAUGUUUCCCUAGUGUGGGCAAUGCUGUGAGAGCAGAAUGCUGAAACUGGGAUCCCAGGCUAUGACAGGUAGCACUCACUAUUCCUGCAAGGAAAAUAUUCCUCAGAGGGAAGGAUUGAGAGAGAAAGAAGACACGGGCUAGAUGGUUUGCCAGCCCUGGUACAGGCAGCUCCAUGCAGACAUUAACACCACCUGCCCCAACUGAGCUUACUGUCAUGCAGAGCCAUGGAGGAGGAUGGAUGAUGCCUUUCUUCCUCAUUUCUCCUUCUUACAGUGUGCCAGGCAUCUCUGGACUCUCUCAUUGCUCUGCUCCCAUGCUGGCAUCCCCAUCUCAGGCUUGGGGCCUUCACUGCCAGGCUGGGGGGGAGUUUGGCACCGACCAAUGGUGGAUCCCAUAGCACUGCACUGCGUUUGUGGGUGCCAGGAGCCCAUCCUUCACGCCUGUAAAUGCAAGUGUCAGGCUGCAUCUCGUGCACUCAGCUCAGCCACGGCUUGGGAAUACCAAACUCGUUUGCAAGCCGGACAGGGAUAUGGAAAUACACUCAACUGCAUUCUUACUGUGUACAGAAAUGAGUCGGUGGCUGGCUUCUUCAAAGGCAUGUCCUUCCCGCUGGCCAGCAUUGCUGUUUACAGCUCAGUGGUGUUUGGUGUCUUCAGCAACACGCAGCGGCUGCUGGGCCAGUUGAGGCAUGGAGAUGCAUCCCACGCACCGGCACUGGUGGAUGUGGCUCUUGCCAGCACAGUGGCUGGGUUCAUCUCCGUUGGCAUUGGCACGCCUGUUGACCUGGUGAAGAUCAGGCUGCAGAUGCAAACGCAGACAUACAGCACAGCCAAUGUUAAACUAAAGCCCACAGUUCCUGGCUUUCCUGUGUAUCAAGGCCCUAUUCACUGCUUUAGGACAGUGCUACAGAAAGAAGGGAUAGCAGGGAUAUACCGAGGCAUGGGAGCGAUGCUGCUGAGGGAUGUUCCUGGGUACUGCCUGUAUUUCAUCCCUUACACGUUUUUCUGUGGUUGGAUUACCCCUGAUGGAAGCAUUUCCCCUAAUCCUGCUUCCAUCUGGCUUGCAGGGGGUGUUGCAGGAGCCAUUUCCUGGGGGACUGCUACUCCAAUGGAUGUUGUGAAAAGUCGGCUCCAGGCUGAUGGAGUUUAUCUAAACAAGUACAAGGGGAUUCUUGACUGCAUCUUGCAGAGCUACCAGAACGAAGGCCUCAAAGUCUUUUUUAGGGGUAUCACAAUCAAUGCAGUGCGAGGAUUUCCAACGAGUUCAGCCAUGUUUCUUGGCUAUGAACUUUCUCUCAAAGCAAUGAAAAGAGACCAAACUGAGACCAAUCCUUAACUUCCAGCAUUGCCAAGAAGACCAGACCAGUGUCCUCCUUUCCUGAGCCAAACCAGCAGCCUGGGGGUGGUGAGGGCUCACUGAAGACUCCUGGCACUGGAGAACCCCCCAGCGAUGGCAUCAGCUUUCCCUUCCACUUGGCCUUGGGCCCUGGAGGGCUCCAAACCUACACCAGCUCAACCAAAUCCAAAGACCGUUUUAUUUUUAAAUCUCUCCCUCUGUUGCCUAGAGCACUUUACUAAUCCCCAUGGUGUGUUGCACUUUUUUGCUAACGACGUUUUUUCUCACUGAGCCGAAAGAACAACUUCCCUUACCUGCACAGAUGAGAUACACCCAAAAUGACCCCAAUUGACAUAAAUUGAGUGAGUGCCUUUUGCACGAUACCGUGCAUAAUGCUCCUCCUCUUUAUGAACAAGGACCUCCUGCUCUGGAAUGAGAAGGUAUAAGCACUUCGGGUGCACGGGUAUGUUUUGUGUAGGAAGGUUUGGAUUCCUAUAAACUCCCAACUUGCUUUCAGGAUCCAAGAAGCAGAUGACUGUGCCCAUGUGAAUGAUUGCUCCUGUUUUGCAUCAUAGAGUUCCCCACUUGUACCACAGUGUGACACAUUAUCUUGUAAAGAUAUGACUUUCACUUUAUUAUCGAAGAUGCAAGUUAAAUUGGGAAACAUCAAGAUAUUAAAUUCAGAUUCUAAGCUGCUCUUUUUCUUCAGAAGGCAAUAAAACUAGCCCUCACUUCAUAUAGAUGGCUGCCUGUUGAUUGAACUGACUCUUGCUGCAUAGCUCUCUAGGGGCCUGCUAGAGGUACCUGAUAGAGCGUCUGAGUUUGCUGAUGGGACAGUCCAACUGCCAAAUCCUGAUGACUCUGCCUUGCUUUGCACUCUUGAGCAGAUGCCACUGAAGGAAGUGUCUCUCUGAAGUAUGCAAAGUCUGUCCCGAGCUAUAUUCUCUCAAAUACAAAGACCAGCUUUAGAUAUCCAACUCUGCUGCAAUCCCACUGAGAUGACUGUGGGGCGCCCAGGUCUCUCUUUGGUCUACCUCAGUCUUUCAGCUCAUCUGAAGACCUCUUAUGUCCUGAUUAUUUCUCUCUAUGCUCAUGAAUACCUCCACUCUUUAUUUCCUAAGCAUGAAGCUUCUUAUGCCAAAAAAAAACCAAGCAGAACUGCUGGGCCAGGAGGACUCUAGUGGCAGUAGCAGGAGAGCUGAAGGAUCACAAGGGACGUGCAGCAUGGUGGAAUGCUCUGCAACAGUGCUGUCCUCUGGGAAGUGCAUGGUUUCCCCCACCCUCUGGAGCAGUGGAUAAAGCCCAGCAGAUGUUCAUAGAAGCAGCCAUCCAGAUUUCCUCCAUAAAAGAAGGAGAAGGAAGAAGCUUGCACAUCCCUGUCCCUCAAUGCAUGGAGGAAAUGGCCACAGGACUUGGAGACCUCAGCAGAAAUUGCCUACAGUCUCAGACCUGGAGAAGUAUUUGGAAAUGGGCUCUCUGACCACCCAGAGCAGCGUGGGCUCCUCUUUGCUGGGGCCUGAAUUACAACCCUAAGUGUGGCUUCACCCAAAACAGCUCAAAGAAAUGUGACAAACAGCUGCUGUUGCUUCAUCUCAGACCUUGUAUGCAAGGAGGCUCACAAUGCCUUUCAGCUUGGCAAGAACACAAAGAACUGCUUUUGAUAAACAACUUAUCUAAAAUUGAUGAGCCUUCACCCAAGUAUUUGUUGCAGGCUACAUUUAAGGAGUCAACUUUUCCAUGCUACCUAUUUUAAUGUAUAUGCAUAGAACUUGCUUUAGAUGCAUAAUACCUUAUGUCUCCAGGGAUAAUGCAUAGGGACCAUAUUUUCAAUGCAAAGAAAACUGUCAGUUAUCUCCCUGUAUUAUGUGAAAUGGACCGUGAAUGAAUUAAGCUGAUGAGGUUUGCAAUGAGCUGCGUGCCUGUGUGAUGCUGCCCAGGUUUGAGGCUUUCAGUGCCUCUGGGUUCUUACUCUGUGUUGGCGAUGUGUUGUAGUAGGCAUCUUGCAGGGGUACGGGAUGUAUGGGACAGGCCUCUCCCUAAGCAUAGAGAGACAGUGCUAUCGUGCUGACCUUGAUGCAGAGAAAACAGGAGAAGAAGAAAGAUGGGAAAGAAUGUGGAAAUGGCCAAAUAAGGCACAAUGUUAUCUGGUGCAAACCAAUCAGGGUGGGACAUGACAGCACGGUUGUUUAGGUAAAAACAUAUAUAAGCUGUUGUUAAUCUCAAUAAAGUGCGCCAUUUUUAUCUGCA